AAACAAACAGAGGACAAAUAAAAUAAAGGCAUAGAAAUGAAAAAUCCCCAAUUCUGAAUGGAAACCCUAGCCCUAACCCCAAUUUCUCAAAUUGGACCCUCCAUUUUCGUAAUUCUUCGGAUCUUCCCUCCCGCACUAUUCUUUGCUGGAGGCUGAGCUCAGCUCCGACUUCCUCCAUUGUUCGCCGACCGAGAGAAACACAAGAGAGAAAGAAGGGAGAGAGAGAGAGAGUGUGUGUGUGUGUGAGUGCGUGCGUUUAUGUGUGUUAUGGGUAGUGCGGAUUCAGGUACGGGCGAUUUCAGCGUAGGAUCGAUCGUCUGGGUGAGGCGGAGGAACGGGUCCUGGUGGCCGGGGAAGAUAGUGGGCCCGGAAGAGCUCUCCACUUCGCAUCUCACGUCGCCUCGCUCUGGGACCCCCGUCAAGCUUCUCGGCAGAGAAGAUGCCAGUGUUGACUGGUACAAUCUGGAAAAAUCCAAGCGUGUUAAGGCAUUUCGAUGCGGUGAGUUUGAUGAUUGUAUUGAGAAGGCCGAAUCAGCGCAGGGUAUGCCUAUAAAGAAAAGAGAGAAAUAUGCACGUCGAGAAGAUGCUAUUCUUCAUGCGCUUGAACUUGAGAAGCAGUUAUUGAAGAAACAAGGAAAGUUAGGAGUGGAGCCAACGGGAGUUAUUUACAAGGCAAAGAGGAGUAAAAUUGUAUAUUUGCCAGCUGAGUCUGGUGAAUCCUUGGGGUAUGAAGCAUCUCCUUCAAACCAUGUAGAGAUCUCAGCUUCCCCAGUUGGUGCUCGUCCUCAUGCUGAGUCCAUGAUUUCAGAGAACACUUCUGGUUUUACAGAGGAUGACUCUGAUUCUUCUGAAACUGAUACUUCUGAGUCCGAGUUGGAUUCAUCUGAGACCGAACCAGAUAUGGAUGAAGACAUGCCUUUACUUUCAGAACCAGAAGUGGGAAGAUAUGAAGCACAAGAACACAGAAUCAUGGUUGGUGAGGAGCCUGAUGAAUUAUCGCAUUCUGGUGAGAUGUCUCACCUCUAUAGUCAUGACUCUCUAUUUGCUAGUGGAGCUGUGUCCAAAUGGCAGCUGAAAGGGAAAAGGAAUAUCCGCAAUCUUACAAAAAAGUCUAUGGAUGCAACUUACGGAAAAGGCUAUAAUUAUGGACCGUAUUCUGAAGAAAAGGCUGAGUUUGUACUGGAAGAUGAAUACUCCAUGGCGUCAAGAGCUUCAGCAAGACGUCAAAACAGUGUUGGUCGGAAUAUGAUUGAUUGGGAGGACUGGACCUGGGAGGAUAGGUCUGCUUGGAACGAAUACUGGGACAUCAAAAGAGAGCGCUUUCACCCGGUAUAUGAUGGCCGUCAUCAUUAUCGCAGGAGGCCAAAAUACUUGAUAGAUGUUGACUUGAAGGUCCAGGCAAGUUACCAAAAGGAGCCUGUUCCAAUUGUUUCUCUGAUGAGUAAGUUAAAUGGGAAGGCAAUAAUAGGGCACCCAAUCCAAAUUGAAGCCUUAGAAGAUGGUUCAUCCAACUCGCUUCUUUCAACAGUUGAUGAAUUUGGUGAAGAAGCAAUUGACAAUAAUGGGGUUGCAACUCUUCCACACGCAUGGAGGACGGCAAGGAGGACAGCAAAUGUUCGAGUCCCACGCCCUCAUUUAUCAUCUGCAUUGGAUGGUGAUGAAACUGCUAACUACCCUCCCUUUUCAGAUGAAGAAAGCAGACCGCCAUUUAAGAAACUAAAUAUAGGGAGUUUCAGUAACAAGGCAAGCCAGGGCAAAAGGAGCCUUCCUUACAACUCUCGGCUUCCCACUGAUAGAAAGUUCUCAAAAAAGGCGGCCAAGAAAGUGAUCCUAUCGUCAAGCCAGAAAACAAGGACCAUAUCUUCAAUACCCGUUGAACAGAAUUUUAGUAACAAGCGAAUGCAUCAUGAUAGCAGUAGUUAUCAAAGGGAAGGGCUGAUCAAACCGGAGUCUUCUGGGGCUGCUACUACUGUAGCUUGCAUACCGGUGAAAUUAGUAUUUAGUAGGUUACUUGAGAAGAUCAAUAGGCCUCCAUCAAAAGCAGUUAGUACGGUUUUAUUGAAUAGCGAAAAGGAGAGAAAUUCGUGAUAGAUUUUACCUGUACAUUGUUAUAUAGUACAAUAAGUUCAUACUGCUAGCACCAUAUUUUACUGCUAUUCUCUUCUUUCUGGGCGAGCACUACCCACCAGGGUCCAGGACACUAGAAGAAGACCGAGUUUUUCUGCCGUCUUUUGGAAUAAUCAGAUGAAGCGGGUAACGGACAUGAGGAAGCAGCCAUGGAAGUACACGGGUUGUUAACUGCAUUGCAUUUUGCUGGAUAUGGAAUUCUGAGGAUGUGAAGGAACUAAGGUUAUGUUAGGGAGGAAGUAGGUGAUAGAUAGAAUUCAUAGGAAAAUGUACAUUUAAUUCCAUACAAGGUUAUUAAUAUGUAUCUUGGCUGUUUUUCAUUGACUAAUUUAAGUAAUAAUAUAUAGCUAUGAAAGUGGGGGAAUGUGUUCUGUGAA